AUGGUAGGCACAAAUCCGGGAGAACUGGUUCUCCACUCUCUUCUGAAGCAAUUUGCUUCAAUCUGUCAGUCCAAAGUCGAAAGUGCUAUCGGUGAAAAAGUGGGCAAUGAUCUAAUCAAAUGUAUGCGCCUGCAAGAGGAUAUGGCCUUCCAGCAGUUGCUGGGCGCUCUCUACACUUGUGCAGAGCAUGCGCUGCCCUGCCUUUUGCAGACGAUCAACAAGUGGUACGACACACAGCACUCUAGUGGCGGGCUCUAUCCCUUCCGCCGCGCGACUUCAAAGACCUCAGGAACUCGAAGUCACACCCUUUCGGCCGCUACUGGCCAGGCUCCUGCGUUAGCUGGCGGCCAUGAUCUCCUCAUCCGUUCCAUGCAUGUCGAGGGGUCCAGUGCCGUUGUUACUUCCGGUGCCGGUGAUGUCUCUGAUACUAUAGCCUAUUCUAGUGGUGGCGCAGCUAUAGCUGGGGAGGUGGGAAAUGCUGUUCUGCCUCUAUCUGGUGCUUCUACUACCCCUCUGGAAUCCACCACUUCAACUUCGUGGCUCGCGAUGUCCACUUCAGUACGCGAAAACAUGGCUGAGAGAAGGGAUCUAUGCAUCGACAUCCUGUACUGUCAAGCGCUAACCUCUGUGCUGAAACAGCUGCCGUACCAUCCUGGUCACGAGGAAAUAAUCAACAAAAUUCUCGAUCGGGCUUUCAAGCAUUUUGAGUACAAGGAGAAUUUGCAGACGAAACCAAACGCAGAAAACAUCAAUACUGUGGCGGAUAUGUACGCGAAGGUGGUCGGCGAGUUGUCGCAGACGAGAUUUAACCUCGUGCGACAACACUUUUCCACACGACUGGAACAUCUGCGUGCAAAGGAGAGUAGUUCGCACACGAUGCACAGCAUUAUCUCCCUCCUUAUGGGUAUGAAGUUCUUCCGCAUGCACCCGAUCGAGGAAUUUGUGAGCUACUUUACCUUUUUGCACGAGUUGGGUCAAUACUUUCUCGAAGUGAAGGAGAAGGAGAUCCGUCAUGCAAUGACAUGCCUCUUUGUGGAGAUUCUUCUACCCGUUGCUGCUGUGGUGCGUCAUGAGGUGAACAUCCCGGCACUGAAGAACUUCGUCGAUCUGCUAUACAAUCCUGCCUUCGAAUUGGCAAACAAGAAAAAGCAUGCUCUGGCCCUUUUUCCCAUGGUCACUUGUCUCCUGUGUGUGAGUACCAAGGUCUUCUUCCUCAACAACUGGCCUCCAUUCAUGUCGUUGUGUUUGAGCCAACUAAAGAAUCGUGACCUGGGCCAGUCGUCGAUUUUUGGGCUCACUGGUGUUAUUCCUUUGCAAUCGGGUAUCAUAGCAGCACUAGAGCGAAUUAAGCAACUUCCAGGUAGAAUCGUUUGUCUACUACAGUGGGAAAUUUUUGAAAGAUGUGGAUCCCGAACCCUCGAUUAUCAAGUACACUACGAUGUUGGAACUUUCAGCUGCUCAGCGGCAAGACCUUUGGGUGGUGUCAAUUUUUUGAAGAUGGUUCUACGUCUGUCAAUGUUCAUCCUUGCUGUGGUGCCUUUCAGUCCAGUCUCUGAUUUCUGCCGUGAAAACUCGGUCUGCACUUGGGACAUCUAA